AUGGAUGCGCUCGACUUCGGUCUCUUCCAUGCAAAGCCGAAGCUGCGAGUGCUCAUCUACCAGAGCAUGCCAGUGGUUUGGAUAGGCCUGUCGAUGGCUUGGCCUGUUCUUCUAUCCGGCUUUCUCAGGCUGUUGUGGUGCGUGCCCAUUCCAGAGGGCGACGGCAUGUCCACCUUGCGGCUGCUUCCGAGCCCGGACAUCAUUUGUAGCUCCGAUGCACACGAGCUUACGGCGACUCUUGCUCUGACAGGGCUGCUGGUGUGGUGCCUGGGCAUCCCUCUGGCGCUCUUCACUCGAGUGCUGGCUCUGCGAGACCGGCGCGCCCCGGAAACAUACAGGAGGUAUGGUUACUUUAUUCAGGGCUACGAGCCGCAGUUCUGGUAUUGGGAGCUGGUGGUGAAGCGCAUUGAUGUUGGCCUGGUGAUGCUGUUCACCUACAGUGCGGUCGUGCCGGACGCCGAGGCCAAGUUGCUGCUGCUCCCUCUGUUGUCAGGUUUUCAAACCAUUACCACAGCGUGGCUGAAGCCAUACGCCAAUAGCCAGAACCAGAUCCUUGACUUUGUGGACGUGUACUUGGGCACAGUGCGGUUCAUCCUGUUCAGUUGCAUCGCGGCCCUCCUGAUCCUACAGCCAGGGGAGGGGCCGACCCAUGCGCUGGCCGCCUUUCUGCUGUGCAUGCUCCUGGCCACGAUCACCUAUCUGGUCCUCCACAUUCUCGUGCAAUUCCUCCGGCACGCAGCCGUCGAUGACCACAGCUCGGAAGGGACAGAGCUUGCAAAGCUCAGCUCCCUGAGCAGCAAGAGAGUCCCAGAGCGUUGGGUUCCGAGCGCGUUAGGCCGCUUUUUCCUGUUGAAGGGGCACCUUGUAAGGUUCCUUUCGGCGUGCGGCUUUGCGAUUCAUCUUGCUCGCCUUUCAGCCCGCGGACAGCGACAACAUUUCCAUCAAGUGGUCGUUCGAGGACACUCGAAACAUGCUUCCAGGUUGCCCUCCCUAAAACCUGCAGAUAGCGAGAUUCUUCGGACCGAAAAGUCUGGUGAUUUUGGAGGACGGCGUGAUUUCGGCCACUUCGGCGGGCACUGCAAGCUCCAGGGCGGCCCCGCGAGCCUUGGCCAGAGGUUAAAACUCGAGCCCGGGGUGUCCCGAAAGCACGAGCCGAAGAUAUAUAUAUAUAUAUAUUAUAUCAUGCACAACAACAACGACGACAGCAGCAACAACAACAACAACCGCGUGCGGUAG